GAGUAUUCACUUGCACGUUACGGGGAUUUAGGCUCACGUCAUCAGUGUUUCAACUGUUCUAGAAACCAAAUGCCCUAUGGGUUGUUAUUUUCUGUUAUCAGUAGAACUGAUUAACAGGGAACGCGAGACACCAGUGGCAGUUAGCGAAUAUUCUGUUUUGCAUUCUUCUUUACGAAACCAUCUAGCAGUUUGAUUACAAGAAAAUUACCUGGUUUCUUCUGGACACAUUUUUAGUGGGGAUUUUUCUUGGGGGCUAGGAAAUAGUUGGGAUUGUUUUUAAUUACAGUUAUUUUACAUAGUGGCAUCUGAUUUUAAGUCGUAUUUUUACAUGGAACAGUGAAUUAUUAAAAUCAGCAUGAUUCUGUACUGCUGCAUCUUUUCUUUGGCACUGAUUAAUUACGGCAGCCUCUCACCUAUCUUUCACUUGGACUCCAUGCAAGAUGACUUCCCGGAUAUUAAAGACUACUUCAGAGAAUUCGACGAUGUUAUACGAGAUAAGGAAGAAGAGUCCAAUAAAGGAAGCAGAAAUCUUGGGACAAAAGUAGACUUCAGCAAACUUCCACCAAAUUACCAUAAUCAUACCGAGGAGGAGAAGAAAGUUGGAAAUCGGACCAUAUACCAGAAAAAAGAAAUACACAAGGUGACAGAUAACACAACAGGAGAUUUACUCAUGUCAGAAAAGAUGAUCACUUCUAUUGCUGAAGAUGGUGUGCCGAUCUCUGAAACAGGAAAGAGGUGUUUGUUGGACAGUCACUGUGAGAAAGAUCAGUACUGCCAAUCCUCGCUGAUGACCUCCCAGUGCCAAGAAUGUAAAUCAAAGGAAGUGGCAUGUUCCCGGGAUGGAGAGUGCUGUCUUGGUUACUUAUGUGUGUGGGGAAAAUGCACAGAAGGAAUUCUACGAGGAGAAAGUGGAACUAUAUGUAGACAGCAGGAGAAUUGUGAAAGGGGACUCUGUUGCAGGCAUCAGAAAGGUCUUCUACUGCCUGUGUGCUCUCCACUUCCAACAGAAGGACAGCUUUGUCAGAGUUCAGAAAAUUCCCUGCUGGGAUUAAUUGGAUGGGGGCAACUAUUCAGGGUCCCUUCGGGACACUGUCCUUGUGCUGAUGGACUACUCUGCACCAAAACAGGGUUUGGCUUGAUUUCUACAUGUGAAAGAGCAGAAGAGAACACAGACUACAAAGGUAUUGCCUUUCAUCAAUCUAUCACUCGCAGGGACAAGGAGCCUGAGUACUAUGACAGUGAUGUAUUACCUGAACAACUUCAAGAUGGCAGUCUGGCUGUGUUUGCUCUCCCAAGGGCUGUAUAUAAUGAUGAUGACAGUGAGGCUACAGAUAUUGCGCAACAGAUGGGUGAAGAUAUGACACAUGCCUUUGAUGAACCCAAUUCCUUGGACCAAUCUAUACUGGAAGAUAUAGAAGUCCCAACAGAACCUAGCUCAUCAGAAUUCAAGGAGCUGAGACAGCUAGCCCAUGAAAUUAAUCAGUAUGUUGGUCCUGGAUUCUAUUAAAUCAACCUGCCUUGUUCUUUCUAUUUGUUGGCUGUUGUUCAUUAUAGGUAGUACAUUUCACUUUACGAAGCCUUCUGCACUAAUAAUGAAUACUGCAAGCAUUUUGUUUCUGUAUAAAUACAUUCACAAAGUAUAGCCAUACUGCCAUAUGAUGUCAGUAGAUUGCAUCUGUACAUCUGUGCUACACACCAGUAACCUGCUGUUGACUUUAAUGUGGCAGAUCAUUCUUUGAAGGUCAAAAGUGCACCAAUGUCAUUAACUUACUGCUUAUUCCUUUGCCCUGUGUUGACUUUUGUUGUGUUUGAGCCUUUUACAUUUUUGUAUGUUGUAAAAGUACCCUACUUCUGUGAAUUCCAUUGUCUCUUAGUUUACCCAGUACAAACUUGUAAUUGUUUUUCAUUUUAUACUGGGAAACACAAACCAUUUCACUUUAUCAAAUAAACAAUGUCUUACAUUUGA